GAGACUGUCAAAGUGUUGUAGGGAAGUUUAUCGGAUAAAAACCAUGUUAAAUUAGACGAAGAAAUCGGGAUGAAUGCUGAUAACAUUGAGCCUAAUUCAAGCACCUCUAACCGAGUGGUUAGAGCUAACUUGAUGGAAGGCGUAGGGGCACGAGUCGUUCGAGGACCAGACUGGAAAUGGGGAAAACAAGAUGGUGGGGAGGGGCAUGCUGGAACAGUUAGAAAUUUUGAGUCUCCAGAGGAGGUUGUAGUUGUGUGGGAUAAUGGAACAGCUGCUAACUAUCGGUGUGCCGGAGCCUAUGACCUAAGGAUUCUGGAUAGUGCUUCUACAGGAAUCAAACAUGAUGGUACGAUGUGUGACACAUGUAGACAGCAGCCAAUAUUUGGCAUCAGGUGGAAGUGUGCAGAAUGUUCUAACUAUGAUGUGUGCUCUGUUUGUUAUCAUGGAGACAAACAUAAUCUCCGCCACAGAUUUUACAGAAUAACUGUUCCAGGAUCUGAUCGAGUUGCAGUAGAGCCUCGUAGGAAAAGUAAAAAGAUAACUGCAAGAGGAAUUUACCCAGGGGCUAGAGUAGUAAGAGGUGUUGACUGGCAGUGGGAUGACCAAGAUGGGGGUAAUGGUCGACGAGGAAAAGUCAUAGAGAUACAGGACUGGGGUGCUGCCAGCCCAAGAAGUGCUGCAUAUGUGUUGUGGGAUAAUGCUUCGAAAAACCUUUACAGAGUUGCUUUUGAAGGGAUGGCUGAUUUAAAAGUGGUGAAUGAUGCUAAAGGGGGCUCCUUCUACAGAGAUCAUCUCCCAUUGCUGGGGGAGCAGGGUCCAGGCUCAAGGGCAGGACCAGGAGGGUUGGCUAUUGGUGAUCAGGUCAAUGUUGACCUUGAUCUUGAGAUUGUACAGUCCCUACAACAUGGUCAUGGGGGAUGGACAGAUGGCAUGUUUGAGUGUCUGGGUACCACAGGAACUGUAGUAGGGAUAGACGAAGACCAUGAUAUUGUGGUGUCCUACCCAAGUGGUAACAGGUGGACUUUCAACCCAGCAGUUUUAACUAAGGUGAAUACUCCGAGCAGUGCUUCAGCUUCGGCCAAUGAGAAUACCACACCUACUCCACCCACACAGCAGUUUGCAGUGGGAGACUUGGUUCAGAUCUGCAGUGAUGCUGAGAAGAUAAAACUGCUACAGCGUGGACAUGGAGAAUGGGCUGAGGCUAUGAUUCCUACUCUGGGCAAAAUUGGCCGUGUUCAACAGAUUUAUCAUGAUAAUGACCUGAAGGUUGAGGUGUGCGGAACAUCCUGGACAUACAACCCUGCGGCUGUCACCAAAGUCGCAUCAUCAGAUGGGGCUGCCAUUGGAAACUCAUCUGGAGAACGCCUUAGUGCUCUCUUGAAAAAGUUGUUUGAGACACAUGUUUCUGGAGAUGUGAAUGAGGAACUAGUCAAGGCAGCAGCUAAUGGUGAUGGGACCAAAGUGGACGAACUUCUACAGAGACCCGAGGCUGAUGCCAAUGGAAUGUUUGCUGGACACACUGCUCUCCAGGCAGCAUCACAAAAUGGACAUUCUGAUGUCAUAAGGGUACUGAUGAAGCAUGAUGUGGACUUUGAAAUAGAGGACAAAGAUGGCGAUAGAGCCGUGCACCAUGCUGCUUUUGGGGAUGAGCCAAGCGUGAUUGAACAGUUACAGAGGGGAGGCGCUGACCUCAACGCCAGAAACAAACGUCGUCAAACACCCCUACAUAUUGGCGUAAACAAGGGCCAUAUUGGUGUUGUGAAGACUCUACUGGACCUUGGCUGUCAUCCCAGUCUCCAGGACUCUGAGGGUGACAGUCCACUCCAUGAUGCUAUCAGUAAGAAGAGAGAUGAUAUGAUAUCCAUCCUGCUGGAACAUCAUGCAGAUCUGACGAUAGCCAAUAACAAUGGCUUUAAUUCUCUUCACCAUGCUGCACUCCGGGGAAACCCAAGUGCAAUGAGAAUAUUACUUACUAAAAUUCCACGUCACUGGAUUGUGGAUGAAAAAAAGGAUGAUGGUUACACUGCUCUCCAUCUCGCUGCACUUAACAACCAUGUGGAGGUGGCUGAACUCCUUGUCCACCAGGUAAAGUCAUCGUCUCAAGGUCAAGACCAAAAGGUCAAGGGAAAGGCUAAUAUGGAUAUCCAGAAUGUCAACCUCCAGACUGCUCUUCACCUGGCUGUAGAACGUCAGCAUACACAAAUUGUCAGGUUACUUGUGCGAGAGGGAUGUAACCUGAAUGUGCCAGAUAAGGACGGGGACACGCCCCUUCAUGAGGCCCUCAGACAUCACACCUUAUCCCAACUCCGACAGCUUCAAGACAUGCAGGAUGUUGGCAAGUUAUUGAUGGGACUAGGAACACCAGGAGCAGAUAAAAAGUCCAGCGCUUCCAUUGCUUGUUUCCUCGCUGCCAAUGGUGCCGACCUCAGCAUUAAAAACAAAAAGGGUCAAACUCCUCUUGACCUCUGUCCUGACCCUAACCUUUGUAAAGCCCUGGCCAAGUGUCAUAAGGAACGCCACAGCCCCGGAGCAGCUGCUGAGAACACUGUAAUCAUCCGUAACGACCAGGAAUCCCUCCAGGAGUGUAUGGUUUGCUCUGACCUGAAGCGAGACACACUGUUUGGACCAUGCAGUCACAUCGCUACCUGCUCUUUGUGUUCACCAAGAGUAAAGAAAUGCCUGAUGUGUAAGGAGCAGGUCCAAUCUAGGACUAAGAUUGAGGAGUGUGUGGUGUGCUCCGACAAGAAAGCGUCUGUAUUAUUCCUGCCAUGUGGUCAUAUGUGUGCUUGUGAUGGUUGUGCUGUCCUGAUGAAGAAGUGUGUUCAGUGUCGUUCCUCCAUAGAAAAGACUGUUCCCUUCAUUGUAUGUUGUGGAGGAUCACCUCCACCUGCCCCUCAACCACCAGGUGUGAUGAACAAUGGUUCACGUGACGUAUCCAAGGAUAUUCAGAAGCUACAGCAACAAUUACAGGAUAUUAAGGAUCAAACCAGCUGUCCUGUGUGUAUGGAUCGCCUGAAAAACAUGAUUUUCCUGUGUGGACAUGGUACUUGUCAGAUGUGUGGGGACAGAAUGGCAGAGUGUCCAAUCUGUCGCAAGUCUGUUGAGAAACGCAUCCUUCUCUACUAGGACAGAUAACUAUUGAAAUACAUCCAUCUCUGUGGGAGACAAUUAAUGGAGUGUUUCCUUCUCUCCUAAUAAAAGGCAUUUUGGUGAAACAACCUCCUGUUUCAGGGGAGACUACUGUGUUACUAGGGGAGACAACUACUUAAGCAGUGAAGACAACUGUCAAAACAGCCUGUUGUUUGCUGUAUAGUACUUGUACAACUGGAAGAACACAUUCUCUGACAGUGAAACAACUGUGGGAGGACAAACUUGUAUAGUUUAGAAAACACCUACAGAACACAAUUUACUGAGGGGGAAAACUAAUGGAUGAAUUACUUGUACAGAUUACAAGUUCUACCAGAUACAGCUGAUAUCAGUGGAUGAGAGGAGAUAACUUUAGAAAUGUUUUCGUCUCUAUUAUAGAAAUACCGAAUUUCAUAUAUAGAAAGUAUGCUACUGCAUGUUGAUAUAAAGAUAAAAAUAAUCUCACUCUCGUUAACAAAUGUUGCUUGUGAUAGCUUGAGUGACACAUUCUCAAAUAUUGUUAACAGGAAAAAAUGGCAAAAUAUAUUUUCCUUCACAGGAUAUUGAAGUAAAAAUUGGCUGUUGAAUAUCAAUUGUAAAAUCAUUUUGUUAACCUGGACAAGGAUGAUGAUACUAAUUGUGUAUUUGAGGAACUGAGAUUGUGAUAUAUCUGACUUGCCUUGUUCCCACCAUUCCUAUAUAGUCGCGGAGAGGUUAUACAGAUCUGAUCUGUUACACUAUUGGAUCCUUACCAUUAAAACUCAAACCAUAGACUUUUUUUCUUUUUUUUUUCGUAUUAGAAAUGCUUUAAUACUAAUGUUUGUUGUUAAACAGACCUAUCAAACAGUUGUUUGUGUUAUGGUCAACAUUGGGUGAUGAAUUAAUAAAUCAUGUAAUUCCCACAGGUCAUGUUUUUGUGCUGAAAUCAUUUUGCUUUUUUAAGGAGGUAGUAAAAAAUCCACAAAGCCAAUACCAUUAUACCAUAUCUGAUGUUUGACCACAUGAUAAUUUAAUGAUGUCAAGCUGUUAAUUUAGAAUCAUCCUUUCAUUAGACUUAAUUCACAGUUUGCUUUUUAGAAUCAACUCACCAGAGAAUGGUUUUGAGUGAGAUGGAUUCUUUUUAUCAGAAAAAAAAAUUAUAACAGCAUUUGCUUGUGCUUUCAUCUGUCUGAUGUUCUAAUUAGGUUUUGAUAUUUUAAUAAAGUAGAAAAACUUUGUGUGAAAUAACUAUGUGUGAAACCAUGUCAUGCUUAAAUAUCUAAGUGUAAGCCAGGCUGUGAAGUUUGAAUAUGUAUUUGUAUAAGAUAAAGGUGAAAGUUGAUCACGUUUUUGUUUAUUUUUCAUAUAGAAAAUAUUUGAUCCCGUCACUUUGAAAAUGCUGGUGUCUUUCACACUGUGUCAAAUAUCAGAAAGUAAUGUUAGAGUUUGAUGCCUACAUAGUAGUAAUUUCCAGCAGGUUUUCUGUUCAAGUACAGUGAUGGCACGAUAAGUGGUUGUUUUCAUGUAGCAUUUGUAACACAAAUUUAAGUAUUUAUUCAACUUUACAUCCCCGAACAUUUCUUUGAGCAAAUCUUGCCAAAUGAUAACAGGAACAUACAGAAUGAUGAUUAGCAGCACUUUCAAAAUGGUGCACAGUCCUGUUGUAAAGUGUGUCAUCUUAAGAAUGGCACACUCCAAUAUAUGCUACUGAUGUAGUGAUACAGAAAUGUGAAUGUUAAAUAUGAACUUUAAAAAAAAACAUGAAUAGUUUCCAUUGAAUACCUAGUAAUACUCACAUACAGUAGAGGUAUUUUACAUUUAUGCUCAUUGCUGAUGAAAAUAUCUUUAAUUAACCAUACUAAGGAAUAUAUAUUUGUAUAUAAUGUUCAAAGGAAACCAAAAUAUAUUCAUAUUUAUGGCAUUUUUUUUUCAAUAAAAUAGAGGAAGGUAUGGGGAUGUUAACAGUAUAUUGUUAAUGUACUGAAAUGUGUUAAAAUGAUGCCUGAUCAAAAAUCUAGGUACAACUUUAUUCUUUGAUCAUUCGUUGAUAAUCUGAUGAGUUGUUUUACAAUAUCAUCAAUGAAAUAGUCAGUACUAUUAGAUAUAUACAGUCAUUUCUUAGUCUCCCUUUGAUUUGCCAGAUUUUCAAAGGUUGAAGAUCACUGACUUAUAUAUACAAUAUAAAACUAUUGCGUUUGUGUCAGUUUUAUUUUGUUAUCUUCACUGGAAUUUCCAAUUUUUCAAAUUAAUCAUACUAUUAACUCUGAAGAAUUUUAAUUCACAUUUACAAACAGGAAGAGUAUUUCCAGUCCAGCUGGAGAUUGUUUUAUCUUGCGUUGUGAAACAAAAGACAUGACUGCACUUUUCUUUAUGAUUUCCAAGACAAUUGAUUGAUACAACAUUGGUUUUAAUGUUUAGAUAUGUUUGCAUUCUCAUAAGUAUAAGCAUGGCCUGUUCCAGUGACUGCUUUGUCAUCAGCAUUUAGAGUUAUGUCCCCUUCAUUCAGUUGACAGCCAUGAUCAAGGGACAGUACUCAAUUUACUUUUACAUAACACUACUGAAAACUGCACAGGGGUCUGAGUAUAGGUAAUUGAGUUAAACUUGCCAUUGUGAUUAAUUGAUAAAGGAAUUGAUAUUUUUCAUUAAGUACAUAAUUAGAUCUUUUGUCGUUUUAUUGGACACGAUUAUCUUGAUGAUAAAUUGACACAGGAUCAAAUCACUUUACUGCAUUUUGACAUUGAAGUAUUUCCCAGUAUGUGUACCAUUAUUAUUUAAUUAGAAAUGUCUUAAUUAUUAAAUCAAUCAUUUUUUGUGAAUCUCCUUCUGUCACUGCCUGUCAGUUUGUUCUUUCUUCUACAUAAAAUUACUAACAUUAUUACUUUUUAAAUUAGAAAAAUACCAGUAGCAACUAGUUUGAUUUAUAUCAUUUUUGUUUUCAGUUUUUCAAAAAAAUGUUUAUGAUUAAUAUUUUUUGUAUGUACGUUUCAUAUGAUGGUUAAACACAAGGAAAGAAAAGGAUAUAAUAUGAUAUUAUGAGUUAUAGGAAAAAUUUUUAAAAAGUAACUUUAGUGAGAUGCAUGUGGUUUAUGUAGUUACUUGGACUAAAGGCUAGGCUUUGGCCUUAGUGCUGUCUGAUCAAAGUUUUAAUUUUAAAAGCUGUACAUUACCAUCAGCUGAGGGGAAUUUGACUUGAUUAUGUCUUCAGUAUAGUUUAACAAAGGUUAUUAACUUUGUAUAAUUUGAAAGUAUGAAGCUUGCUACGCUCUCUUGGUAUACCUGUGUUGAUGUAUUUGAGGUAUUUUAUCAAGUAUUAUCAAGGCCCCUUGACCUUGUUUACUUUCUGACCAGAUUUUCUUCUGUGUUAACAUUCAGUUUUACUUUUAUAAAAUAUACCAAUUACACCAACAUUGAAUUAUAACAUUUUGAAUACAAUUAAUAUUGUAUUGUCUAUUUAAAAAACAUUUUCAUUUAAGAGAUGCGAUUGUACCAAUGCAUGUGCUGCUUAAUGUUUUUUUUCUGUUUUUUUUUUUUUUUUUUUGAAGAAAGAAGAUAUGUCUGGUUCUGGUAGUUUACGAAGUAUGCUUUACUGUAAUAGAAAAUCAAUGCUUUGAUGGAAUGUAAUGAUAUUACAUGUUUUAUUAUUUUUUUUUCCAGACGAUCAUUCAUUGAAAGUGUAUACGCUGUGGUAAUACGUUGAUAAUUUGGAUGGAGCAUUUCUGAUAAAAAAAGUGAAGACAUUUUGAACAUUAAAAAAUAUAUAAAUUACCAAGUAAAGAAAAUUCUAGUGCUUUUAACAUUUUUUAUUUUCUAAAUCAUCAAAUUUACUAAGAGCUGCAUCAAAUGAUUUGGACAUUAAGUUCUGAAUUAACAUUUUGUAUAUUGUAUAAAUAAUCACCCGUCCUUGUGUAUAUAUGUCAGUAGAUUUGACACAGUGGUGCUGGAUGUAUUUUUGAUGUGGCAGUGCUAGUAUAGUGUUAGAUACAUUAGAAAAGCUUGUAUGCCAUCACAAUAUGACACCUUCGUUAGUGGUAAACACUGCUCUCUAAUCUGUGUACAAAAUAGCAAAAAACUCUUAAAUUUGAUCAAAUAAUCCAGUUUAUUUUGAUGGAAACCUUGUAUUUCAAUGCUGUAAAUGCAGUUAAUUACUGGUAGCCUGUACUUUGUAUAGAUCCCUAAAAUCCCAGAAUGCACAAGCAUAUAGAAUAAUGAUGACUGCUUUACUAUCAGUAAUAUUCAUUGCUGUGAUGGGCCUUAUCUCAUCUCUGUUACUUGAGUAUCAGCUAGUGUUAUAGACGAUACAGAAGUGUGAUGUUACAUCUCUCUACCACUGAUUUAGAAAACUGUACAUAUAGGUGUUGUUUAAUACUUGAUAUGCUGUUAUUACAGGUGUGAAAUAACAGAUUAGCAUAACUUUUGCCCAGGUGUUAAAAUUUACCUGUGACCAUUGUAUAAUAAUUGUGCUGUAGGUAAAACCUAUGUCCUGAUAAUUGGAUGCUGCUUUUCCUUGUUUGUGAUAUUCUGUCAGACUUGUUGAUUCGGUUGACUCCAUUGCUAAUUGUUCAGAUUGUUUCUGUCUUUCAAAAUAAAUACCAGCAGUCAUUAAUUGUCAACAGGUUAACAUCUGUUGAGACUUGUUUUUGUGGAGUUUUGUGUGUAAUUUUUUUUUUAAUUGGGUAAAUAUUUUUCAGUUCUGUCUGGAAAGUAAAAAGCAUCUAUUGUUUUAGGAGGAAAGUUCAAUCUGUUAAGAUGUUAAAAAUUUUGUAAAUAUUUUAAGUCAUAUUAUGAAAAUUAAUUUUUAAAAAGUUGAAAAUCUGAUCAGAUUCAUAUGAAUAAUUUGUGUCAACCUUCUUUCAUUUAUUUAGGAUUUAUGUAUUUAUACUAGCCAGACAGUCCUGAUAUAUUUUGUUCAAUGUGUUAUAUUUGAUAUACUAAUAUAAAAUGCAUUUCCCUAAACACAAGGCCUAAAUGACAGCAUGUUCAUAUUCAAAGUUACUUCCCCUUCAUACAUAGUCUUGUGUACUACCCACCUUGUAAUUUCAUACUAUUUCAUUUCAUUAACUGAAAAUUUCAAGUAUUGUUUUUUUUUUUUUUUUUUUUAUUCUGUGUUGCAUGCACUGUUUUGAUGAUUAAGAAUUUUAACAAAUAUCUGUGUGCAAUUUCGAAAGAAAACUUGAUUCUAAUAUAUGAGACCCUUAACAUAUAUCAUUUAUGAUUUCUUGUUAUAAUUUGUAUUUUCUUUAAUGAAUCAAAAUAUUUUGAAUUUUGUAUUAGCCCAAACACAUUGUUUGAUAUGGCAGAUUGUAGUACGGUGUAUGUGCAGUGAUAUCGACAGAUGUGUGAUGUACUGUAGUGAUGAGUACACUGGAGAUUACGAAACAAACUAUACAAACUAUCAGUAUGUGACUUAAGAGAUAGUUUUAUUGAUUGUGAUAAGAGUUAACUCCACGGUGUACACUGAAAUGGUAGAAAUAGUCUAAGAGAGGGUUUCUCCAACAAGCACUAUUUCUCUUGUACAUUUAAAGCUUAAUGAAGAGACUAUUCUGGUUUUGGUAUCAUCUCGUAUUAAUUACAUGUUGUGUCUUUAGUGAUAAGUUAUAUAAAGUGAUAAAAUAAAUCUAUGAAUGAAGAAAGCAAGCAUA